GCUGUUCUCACGGAAGACGACUUAGGCCUCGCUGGGUCGGUUCUCUCGUUUUUUCUUCAGCUAACUCUCCACUGUUGGAGCCCGGAGUGCAGGAGGCGCGAAGGCUAUUUGAAGAAUUUAGCUCAAACAUGGAUAUCAGACCAAAUCAUACAAUUUAUAUCAACAAUAUGAAUGACAAAAUUAAAAAAGAAGAAUUGAAGAGAUCCCUAUAUGCCCUGUUUUCCCAGUUUGGUCACGUGGUAGACAUUGUGGCUUUAAAGACCAUGAAGAUGAGGGGGCAGGCCUUUGUUAUAUUUAAGGAGCUGGGUUCGUCCACGAAUGCUUUGAGGCAGUUACAAGGAUUUCCAUUUUAUGGCAAACCAAUGCGAAUCCAGUAUGCAAAAACAGAUUCAGAUAUAAUAUCUAAAAUGCGUGGCACUUUUGCUGACAAGGAAAAGAAAAAAGAAAAGAAAAAAGCCAAAACUGUGGAACAGGCUGCAACAACUGCAAACAAAAAGCCUGGUCAGGGAAUACCAAAUUCAGCUAAUACCCAAGGAAAUUCAACACCAAAUCCUCAGGUCCCUGAUUAUCCUCCAAACUAUAUUUUAUUCCUUAAUAAUUUACCAGAAGAGACUAAUGAGAUGAUGUUAUCCAUGCUGUUUAAUCAGUUUCCUGGUUUCAAGGAAGUACGUUUGGUACCUGGGAGGCAUGACAUUGCUUUUGUUGAAUUUGAAAAUGACGGGCAGGCUGGAGCUGCCAGGGAUGCUUUACAGGGGUUCAAGAUCACACCUUCCCAUGCCAUGAAGAUCACCUAUGCCAAGAAAUAACAUUUGGGAUGGUUAUCUUCAAAGGACUUGGUGUUAUUUAUAGUAUUUGUUUUGAUAACAUUUGGUCAUGCCAUUUUAAUAGUGGGAGGUGGGGGGGUGAAAGUGACAUUUUUGUGAAGGACUCAAAUUAGUCUGUCUUUAGCCUUAGAGAACUGUGAAACAUGAAGGCCUUAAUUUUGUACAAUAAACUUAUUUGCAUUCU